AUGGAAGAGGAAACGUUUUUUUCAGAAAGUGCGAACUUUGAUCCAUGUGACGAGCAGCUAUGUGUUGCGAAUGCUUGCGAUGGGGAAGGGGAUGCCAAUCAGGGCGGUUUUAUGGACAUAGCAUCUCAGAGAGAUAUCCUCAGGAGCAAAGACAAGGAAUACAUUCAUGGGAAUGUAGACCAAGGAAAUUUUAGCGAAGUCGUUAAUCUCUACGAUGGUGACUCGGACAAGAAUGUAGUAGCAUGUUCCACACACUGUGCAUGUACAACUGAACAAAAUAAUCAAAACGAUGAGGAGAACAAACAUGGAAAUCGUGGCAGCACCAACAGAAAUACACAUUACAUGAGAGACCUCCUUCUCAUUAACAUAUUUCUAAGUCCAGACAAUGAUAUUUGUGCUAUAAACUCCAAAAAGAAUGACGUGAACAAAAUCCUAAGUUUGGUUAAGCAACUGUUAAUGAGGAGAAAUAGUGCCGAACGAUCAGCCCUGAUUAGCUACGGAAAUGACAUAACAGGAAGAUAUUAUCACAUAAGUAACAGUGAGAAGAUAUUGGAUGAUUUAAAAAAUGAGGACAUCAGGGAAAGCAAUGAAAUUUCAUUCGAGUAUAUAAGUGUUGGAAAGGAGAGUGAAAAAUCUCGUACCUGUAGUGAACUAAAUCGGAAUGGGGAGAUUGUGGACGAACGAGGAAAUUGCAGAUUUUUGACUAAUGAAAGAUGUGAUUCACUCACGUUUGUGGAAGGGGAUCACUUCAAUCGUGGAUGUGGUGUAGGGAACAGUUACCAGAACCUGAGACAGUGGAAGCCGGCCCUGUUGGGGCUACUCGGGGAGAAGCAGCAAUGGGGGGACCCAACCCAGCAGGUGCAGAAGCACCAGCGCCAAACGGUUGACCCCGAAGAGGAAAGCAGAAAAUAUGGCAACGGAUUGGAGAACGCAUGGGACCUUUUGAAGAGGGCUGCAGACAGGGAUGAAACAUAUGGAGGGAUAAGCCGAAAUGGAAACGGCCACUUCGGUUACGCCUUUGACGUGGGUGCACCGCACGAAAUGGACGCACCGAACGACGUGGAUUUUGUGUUUAAAGAAAAACAGCGGGGGAAUGACGGAAACGCUUUCAGCUAUUUUCAAAUGGAGGGCCCAGAGAGGGGAAGUGAUGGACAGGGAAAAACUGAACGAGGGGAGGAAAUGGAGGAAAUGGAAGAAGUGGAAGAAGUGGAAGAAGUGGAAGAAGUGGAGGAAGUGGAAGAAGUGGAAGAAGUGGAAGAAGUAGAGGAAAUGGAGGAAGUGGAAGAAGUGGAGGAAGUGGAGGAAGUGGAGGAAGUGGAGGAAAUGGAGGAAGUGGAAGAAGUGGAAGAAGUGGAAGACGUGGAAGAAGUGGAAGAAGUGGAAGAAGUGGAAGAAAUGGAAGAAAUGGAAGAAGUCGAGGACGUGGAAGAAGUCGAGGACGUGGAAGAAGUCGAGGACGUGGAAGAAGUGAACCGUGUGGACGAAACGGAGGAAACCGAAGAGACUCUCCAAAUGGUCCGAAUGGACGGAAGCGACGAAUCUAACGAGUUGGAAAAAAUGUGCCUGACGAACGAAGCGGGAAAAAUAUACCAAACGUAUCAGAUGGACCCAAUGUGUGAAGAGGAAGAAGGUAGGAAAAGCAUGACGCCUCAGAACCAAACCAACUGCGUCGAAAAGGAAAAUGAGAAUGUACCUAAUUGGUUAAAAAUGAAUCAGGGGUUCAUGCAAAUGGAAGGCAUACUUUACCAAAAGGAAGACACAUCGGACAAACAGAACAGAAAGCGAAAUGAUGUAGAAAUUUUCCGCGAAGGAAGAAACACCGACGAUAGAAUAAAGACCUCUAGUGAGGUGUCGUGCUCCAAUGAAUUAAGUACCGCUGAGAGGGAAAGUGGCAGGAAAAAGGGGAUGCAGCUAGGAAGAGGAUACAGACAAAAUGAUCCCACGGAGAAGGGAGAAAUUACGAAGGAAUCAGAAAGAGGGAGUAGCGAGGGAAGCUUGGGAAGUUCGGAAAAGGUGUCGAAUGAGGAAUAUGUAGUAACUGAGGAAAGAGGAAAAUAUGAGGAAAGCGUGGACAUGGCGAAAAUGGAAAAAAUGGAGGAGACGAUCCCAAAUGUGGAAAACGAGAAGGUUAGUUACAAACCGAUCUACGGAGACUGCAAAGCCUGCGCCCUUUUUUACAAAAUAAAAAAGGGGUGCAUAUAUGCAGAUGUUUGCCAUUUGAGCCACAGUGGAGAGCAGCCGAACUCCCCCCGAAGAUAUAGCAAAGAAGGCAAGAGAGAAACGAUCAGAAUGAAUAGCCCAAGCAUCGAGGACAAAUGGAACAGAGAAGGUCCUUCCGUUGGAUCCGCUUCCAAUUGGAUAAACACGUCUAGUGAUGAUUCUGUUAAAGGUACCAGCACGAACAUUAUAAUUAGGGCUCUCACGAACCGCUUAAAGUCGGACGACAACGAAGAGUUGAUCUCGUACAUUCUGGAUACGAUUAAGAGAGAGGAGAGUGCGAACAACUUGAAUAUAAGAAACGAUGGUAGUGAUGAAAAUGGAUGGGGGGCCAACGCGCAAGUGAAAUAUGGGAGUGAUGGGAAAGCCCCACAGGGUUGCAGCAUUAACAGAGGAGACCAUGCCAACCAGAGAAACAACAACAGCGAUGACGCAAGCAGAAGUGAAAGUGUAACCAAAAAGGAAAAACAAGAAACGAACAACGAAAAUGCAUCAAACGAUCCAUUAGCCAGUUUCCAUACAACUAACGAAGAAGAAUUUUCAACACACAAUGAUUAUGCUCUUUUCCCCCACGAAAUAUAUCAAAACAACCCAAAGUAUUACUCUUUUGAAGUUCCAUUUUCGCAAGAUGGAGAGGAAAAGCAUGGAAUGAAAAAGGGAGUAACUGGAAACACAUUUGAAGGGAAUCAUCCAGGAGGUAGUAUGAAUAACACUGAAAUGUGUAACUGGUUAAAAGUGGUACAAAAAAUGGGAAAGGGGGACGAUGGGGACCGUUCCAAGGCAUACAAUAGGAUAAAUUUGCCACUAUAUGUCGAAUCAGAAGAACAACCACGACAGAGACGAGAAGGGUAUUUUAUGGACACACACAGGACCACUACCAUCUCUAUGAAGAAUGAAAUGAAAAACAUUGCCUCCCUGAAUACACACGAUGAAGGGGUCCAAACUGAGGGGGGCGGGUAUGUCAGGGGAAAUUCUGAUCUCUUCAAAAAUAGGUGUCUCCAUUACAUCGGAAUUCCAAAGAGUGCAUAUCACCAACUAGGAAAUUUCUUCCUGGAAAGAAAAAAAGAAACGGAGGUAGAUCCCAAUGUAGAGAGCGUAGAGGAUAUACACACCGAUAGAUGCAGCUACCAUGUGAGUGAAGAUUUCAACCAAGGAAUGUGCAGUCACUUGAAUUCAAAAAACGAUUCUAAAAUUAAAAACGAAGAUGAAAAGGAGUUAAACAUGUACCAGCAAAUGAUGGGGAACAGUUCGCGUAAGUGUAUGAACAGAGUUACCAAAAAUGAUGGAGUUAUGGAAGUCGUUCCGAGUGGAGUGAAUGUACAAACUGAGACAGAAGAAGAGAUGAAAUUUCUUCACAGUAGAGGAAAAGGCAAAAAUUUGCUUCCCAAUAUUCAACAGAAUAGCAACUACCUACAUUUUAAUUCAUGGAGGAAUAGGAUGACCUAUUUUAAGGACCUCUGUGAUAACCCUAGCUGCCAUUACAAUUUGGGUGAUCUACACCAGAGGAAGGAAAACGUGGUCAAUAAUAUUUGUGCGAAUUAUAGAAAGGGGAUUUACCCUAGUACACAAAUGUGUGGCAAUCUCAACAAGAUCGAUAUGUCCGCACCAGAAGGAGAGUUACUAAAAAGGGAAAGCUACACAUAUGACGAGAUUUUCAAUGCGGGUAACAGAACAAACUAUGGGUUUAUGCACGUGCCUAACGUGAACAAAAAGCAGCUUGACACACUCGGUGGAGACAAACAGAACAGUAGCAGUGGUUGUAACUCCUCCUUUAACGCAAAAGGUACCUUCAACUGUGGGAUGCACGAAUGUAGAAGGAGUUUCCAUCGAGGUGAUUCGAAGCAUAGCGGCAUAUAUCAGGGAAGCGCGCAUCGCCGCAAGGGGCACCACUCCAAUGGCCACACAAUGCGCUACCACCGGGCAGUUGCCCCAUCUGCAAAGAAAAACGAAAAUUAUGACAACUUAGUUAGGAAUCCAUUUCUGCAGAGUGGCGACUCGCCAGAAAUGUGCUUCCGAAGAGAGAGAAAGGAAUUUAACUUUAGAAAAAAAAAUAACCUACAUAGGAUCGCACAGUUUAACCACCCCUCCAAGGAUCCCCACUAUCGCAUGUUAAAGAUAAGAAUGAACAAUUAUAAAAAUGGCAGUUUGAUCACGGGGAGUCAAAAUAGCUACUUGCAAGUGCGACGCGUCCACGGUAGCGAUGCCGUUGCCAAGCAGCACAUCGGUGAAAAGUACAACAACCCAGUGCUGCUUCUCAGUUGCGUUAAAAGUUGCAAAAUGUGCGGAGGCCAUCACGUCAGAAGUGUAAUACGUGGAAACUGCAGAGAUGAUAUAGGGAGCAACCUGAUCGGUAAUUUUAGAAGCGGUGCGCAAGGGGAUGUCCACAGAAAAACGCAUGCCGAGAUGUGUAACAGUUAUCAUCAAGGUAACACGGGCGAUAUCCAAAAUGCGCAGUUAAGACAAGGUAACCCUUUCAGCAUGUUUACAAAAAGUAAAAAAUUGCAUAAAAGGAAUUGCGCAUCGAAUAAGGUACAUGCUAUGGAGAAGAGCAUCGACGUGGAUCCAACGAACGUCAAAGAGCCAUAA